UGCAUAACAGGUGCCACUCUCAUUUCCUUCCUGCCAAUAUUGUGUUGCGUGACAACAAUUUUUGGUUUGUUGGAUCCUAUGGAACAACAAGCAACUAUUCGUUGGCGAGGCUCUCAAGGAGGUCAUUAUGUUGAUCCAACCGUAGAGGCACGCUGUUUGUACGAAAUUAUGCGUCUUAGAAUCGAAAUGAUGGAAAAAGUGAACAAUUUAAAAGAAACUUUAAGAGCUGAAUUACGUGCAGAAAUUCAACUAAGCAAUAAUGAACUUCGAGCGGUUAUACAACAGAAUAAGACUGAUCUUCAAGCACGUAUUCUACAGAGCAAUAAUGAACUUCGAGCACAAAUUAGACAGAGUAACACGGAACUUCGAGAAGUAACACAACAUAAUAAAACUGAUCUUCAAACACCGAUUCUUCAGAAUAAGACUGAUUUUCAAACACAAAUUCUUCGAAAUAAUACUGAAAUUCGAGCCUCACGAAUUAUGCAUAGGGCUCCGCAAAUUGUUACAGGCCCUUCAAAUUUUACAACUAAUGCGGCUCUUGUUAUCAUGGUUAUUGCAUUUAUCUGGAAUGUAUUUUUUGCCUGCGUAUGUAUUGUAUCUAUAUUAAUUAUCAAUAUACUCGCAUAA